AUGGAAACGGAUGAGACAAAGUUUGAGCAUGGUUGGACGACAAUGGUCGAAAAAUUUGGACUUCAAACCAACAGUUGGGUGUUGGAGACAUAUGAGAAGCGUCAUAUGUGGUCUGAGGCAUAUAUGCAUGGACAUUUCUUUGCUGGGAUGAAGAGCACUCAGUGCUCAGAGUGUAUGAAUGCUUAUUUCAAUCCCUUCCUCCAACACAAGUUGAAGCUAUAUGAAUUUGUUAGGCACUAUGAUCGGGCUCUUGCAAGGAUAAGGUAUAACGAGGCUGGAGAUGAUGCUGAAACAAAUAACACUUUCCCGGUAUUGAUUACUCCAUUGCGAGAUAUAAAGAGACAUGGAGCUGAGCUAAUCACCCGAAAUAUAUUUACAAUGUUCCGUGAUGAAAUUUUAAAAGAGGGGAAGUUGAAUGUCAAGGACGUGUUCCCUUUGCCGGAUGGUCAGAAAUGCUACUAUAUUCAUAAGUACAAAGUGAAGGACAGAUCAUGGAUAGUAACACACAGUCCAGUGGAUGCUGGAAUGAGAUGUUCUUGCAUGAAAUGGACAAGGGCUGCAAGCAAGGAUGACCAGCAAUGGCCUCAACCCUCAAUUGAUAACACUACAACACAGACGGCCCGGUAUGGGAUAUUGAGUUCUUCCUACAACGAAAUAUGUUUCUAUGCCGCGCAAUCAACGAAAGGUUUCAAAGAGGUUAGGGAUGCAUGUCUUUCGAUGACGAGCCGGAUAAAGGAGUUAUAUGAGAGGAAUCUGAACGAUGGAAAUGGAGACAAAGGGAAACAUUCAUUCCCUCGACAAUUUGGAGUAGAAGAUCCUGAUGUUGUGAAGACAAAAGGGAACCCAGGAUGGCCCUCGUCCAACUGUCGAAGACCAAGAAAAUGUGGGAAUUGCAAAUGCAUUGGGCACACAAAGCGAACGUGUCCUAAGGUUCGAUUUAGCCGAACAGUGGGUACUAACUCGGAUGCAGAUACACCCCACAUAACUGAGCGUGAGUACAAUGCGGAGUCAUUGCCCGUUCGCUGCAAAACUGGGCUGGUGGAUCCCAGUACACCGCACAUUAAGCAGCGGCGACUAUUUUUCGAUGUUUCUCCUGGUUCCAAGUAG